AUGGAAAGAUCGUCAUCAAAAAUCGACAACACUUCCUUAAAUGGUCAAAACAGUAUAUAACUUUAAUUCAAUUCAUUGAACUAGGACAGAGAAAACAAAAAGAAUGGAGAGGAAUAGCAAAAUUAAGGGAAAAAGAGAACUUACAUUUAAGAUAUAUUAAAUACCAAUGAAAAAGUUAAUAAAACCAAUGUUAAAAAUGAAAGCCCUAUUAAGAAGCAGCAUUAAUAGUAGGCUCAUGUGCAAAUUAUCCUAAUAGUUAAUCCAAGAUCUGUUGCUUGUAACAUGAAAAUCUAUGAUGUGACCAAACCAGAGGAGAGAGAAAAAUAUACUAACUUGAUAGAGAAAAUUUUACCCACUGGUACAAACCAGCUGAUUCUUGCUAUCUUAGGAGGAGAUGGGUCAUUACCUUAGGUGAUCAAACAAAUUAGAUAAAGAGAGAUUAUCAAUAAUAAUUUGAUUAAAAUUACAUUUUGCUCUUUGCCAUUCGGAACUGGAAAUGAUACAGGAGCGACUUUUGGAUGGGGUCUGGUUCCAGGUCCUUAUGCAGAAAGCAUCGAUACUCUAAUAAAUUCAUUCAUCUGGGCUUAUAAAGAUUAAUUAACUUUUUGGGAGGUGAAUGUUGACGGGGAAAUAUAUACUCCUUUUGAUGAACGAACUGAGAAUGUUUUUGGUUUAUGCUGCUAUUUUAAUAUCGGUAUCGAUGGAGAAAUUGGGAAUGGUAAUAUAUAUCGGAUUCAAAACUUUAUAAAGAGGUUGAGAGAAGACGUGUAAGGUCAAGAUGUAUAAAUCUUUGGCUAUAUUUUUACUGGGGAUCAGUUAAGAUCCUUGAUUUCUGUAAGCAUUCAAACAGACAAAUCAAAUAAAUUGUGCAAAAGACAGAAAGUAUUGACAGAUUUAAGUUUGGUAAAUCAUGAACCAUUGAAUCUCUGUGGAAUGAAUAUGCCUUAGAUGAUGGGUGGUAAAGUUUAUUAUGACUUUUGGAAUAAGAACAAAGAGAACAAACUUUUCGACAGGGAAAAAAUCCUUAAGAAACAUGGAAUUGACUUUUUAGGAUGGGAUACAGAAACUGCUUCUUCUUGUGAUGAUACUGAUGAUUAGAUACAGAGAUACGAUGAUGAUAAAAUGGAGUUGGUUGGGGCACCGGAUUGGCUUUAGUUUUCUACUUUUAAUUAUCACAGAUAUGGACAAGCUAAAUCCCCAUUCUAAGUUGAAUUCCGAGAAGAUUUAGAUCAUGACAAAAUAAUAUACAUGGCAAAUGAUGGAGAAUAUUUCAAGUUAAAGAAGUUAAAGAAAAUUACUUUUAGAACUGACCCCAAAGCUCCUAAACUAAACAUGCUUAGAUUUAACCCUGAUUGCAUGAUUUGA